GUUUCUGUCAUUGAUAAUAUAUAAUAAUAUUAUUAUAGUUAUGUAGUUUUGACUUGAAGGUUCCCAUUCGCUUACAAUAAUUGUAACUCAGUCGUUCAAAAUGAUUUCAAGAAGGCUGUUCAGUGUUAUUGUAAAAGAUACACGUGCCGCGCGAAGAUUACGGUCUACCGUGGACACAAAAGAUGUAGAGUUUCAUACAACCCUCCUGAAGGAUUGGUGGAACCCCAACGGUAUAAUACAGCCACUCCACUCCCUCAACAUACUCAGGGUACCACAUGUAAGGGAUGGUUUAGUGAAGAGAACACCAUCCAUUAAGUAUUCAGAAUGUUUGAAAGAUUUCAAAAUCCUGGAUGUGGGUUGCGGAGGUGGCAUAUUUUCGGAGAAUCUAGCAUACUUUGGAGCCAAAGUGACAGGUAUAGAUGCAGGAAAAGAUCUCAUUAAUCUGGCGAUUCAACAUAGCCAGAACAAUAAAAGACUUGACAACAACAGGCCGCAAUACAUUUGUACUUCUAUUGAGGACCACGUAAAAGAGUUCCCAGAGCAAUACGACGCGGUCGCGGUAUCAGAGGUUCUGGAACAUGUAUUGAACAAAGACAUAUUCUUAGAAGCCUGCGUCAGAGCCGUCAAACCCGGCGGAAAACUUUUCUUCACGACGCCGACUCGAUCGAGAACCACUCAAGUUCUAGGAAUUUUCCUCGCCGAAUACAUUGUGAAAGUCAUACCGAAAGGGACGCAUCAGUAUGAAAAAUUCAUGACGCCUAAUGAACUCAAGUAUUUCUUAGAGAUAAAUGAUUGCGAUGUUCAGUCGAUCAGAGGAAUGGCGUACCAUUUCUGGUCGAACAAAUGGGAGUGGAUCGAAUCAAAAAAGCUUCAUUUUGCCAUAGAAGCUGUAAAAUUAAAAUAAAGGAAUUAAACUAGAUACUU